UUAGAGAUGGAGGGGAAGGUGUUAAUAAAAUCAAAGUUCAAGUCUGUUUGUGUGUUUUGUGGGAGUAGUAAUGGAAGGAGAGAUUGUUACAGAGAUGCAGCCAUUGAACUGGGCCAAGAGCUGGUAUCAAGAAAGUUGGAGCUUGUGUAUGGUGGAGGCAGUGUUGGGCUAAUGGGUUUGGUUUCUCAGGCUGUUCAUCGUGGUGGAGGCAAUGUCCUCGGGAUCAUUCCCAGGGCUCUUAUGUCUAAAGAGAUAACAGGGGAGACAGUUGGUGAAGUUAGGCCAGUAACCAACAUGCAUCAAAGAAAAUCAGAAAUGGCUCGCCAUUCUGAUUGUUUUAUUGCUUUGCCAGGUGGGUAUGGAACACUAGAGGAGUUGCUUGAAGUGAUCACCUGGGCUCAACUUGGUAUCCAUCACAAGCCAGUGGGUCUGCUCAAUGUGGAUGGCUACUACAAUUCUCUCCUAACUUUCAUUGAUAAAGCAGUCGAUGAUGGUUUCAUUGAGCCCUCACAGCGCCACAUCAUAGUCUCUGCUCCCAAUGCCAAAGAGCUUGUUCAGAAACUCGAGGAGUACGUGCCCAUGCAUGAUGGAGUCAUAGCCAAGGCAAGGUGGGAUAUGUUGAACAACAGCAGUAGAAGCUAUGAAAUUUCAUCAAAACUAUGACUAAAUAACAAAGCAAGUUAGGGAUGAGAAAGAUGGUUUAGUCUUUCUUUGCUUUUCGUCUAAUGUUUUGGGUCAUAGAUCAGAUCAACAAAUACCAUACCAUAUUGGUAUUUGGUAAUAGCAUAA